GGAGAUGGAUAAACUGACCAUCAUCUCAGGAUGUCUCUUUCUGGCCGCCGAUAUCUUCGCCAUCGCCAGCAUCGCCAACCCGGACUGGAUCAACACCGGGGAGUCCGCGGGAGCACUCACUGUGGGCCUUGUGCGACAGUGUCAAACAAUCCACGGACGAGAUCGGACGUGCAUCCCUCCCCGGCUUCCCCCAGAGUGGAUCACUACACUGUUUUUUAUCAUUAUGGGAAUCAUUUCAUUGACUGUCACAUGUGGUUUGCUGGUGGCUUCCCACUGGCGAAGAGAAGCUACAAAAUAUGCUCGAUGGAUAGCAUUCACUGGAAUGAUCCUUUUCUGUAUGGCUGCCCUAAUAUUUCCAAUAGGAUUUUACAUCAAUGAAGUCGGAGGUCAACCUUAUAAAUUACCCAACAACACAGUAGUUGGGUCUUCAUAUGUACUUUUUGUCUUAUCAAUUUUCUUUACAAUAGUAGGACUUCUAUUUGCUGGCAAAGUUUGUUUACCAGGCUGAUGAAUGUCUAAGUUGCUUGAGUCUCUUAUUAUUUUUUAUUUUAUUUUAUUUUUUUAUUUUUUGGAGGGUGGGGAGGACAAAGGCAAGGCAUCUGAGCAGUCCUCUCAUAGGAAGAUGCUUAGAUGCACCUGAUGCUGAAAAGGAGAGAAUGCUUUUGAUUUGUUCUCACUAUGCACUUUGGAUUUUAAAAAAGAAAAUGAGAGCCUUUUUCAUAACCAAAUACAGACAAUGUUGACUAAAUCUCCUGAGCAUAUUCAGGCAGUCAGGUCUGCACUGUGAUAGCAACCUAGUGAAGGAGAAUGCUUUAUUCUGAAAAGCACGUGGCCCUUUGUGACUCUGUUGUUCCGUUUUUAACGUCUAGUGAUUCAUUUGAGGAAAAAAAGUCUAAGUAUUUAUGAAUCAUGGUGGACCAGAGGGAUGCAAGAGAAGUUCAUGUGGGGCUGGCCUCACCUCCUAAAAAAUUAGUGUUCACAACUUCCUUGUCAUGGUUUCAGCCUUUGGCACCAGAAUGGAUUGCCGUUGCAUUACUGCACCAAGAAGCCAAUAGAUCAAAACUUGUCUGCUAAAAUGUAUGUAAAAAUUCUGAAAUUCCCUAUUCUCUGUGUACAAAAAACAAAAAUCAAACACUAAGACACAUGUUGUUUG